GAGCUGCAGUGAGAGGCGGAGCAACACUAGAAAAACCAGAGCUUCAACGUCACACUGCAGAAACGAGAGUGAAGUUUGUCAGAGUGGCAGCCACGCAAGUCUCUGUUUCUCUCUAAAAGAAAAUUCAAACUGAGUUCAUCAGGUGUUUCUCAACAACACAGCAGAGUUUCUGUCAAACACUGAUAUGGCUGCUGCAAACUAUCUGCGAUCUGAAGAUCAGUUUCUGUGCUCCAUCUGUCUGGAUGUGUUCACUGAUCCAGUCAGUACAUCAUGUGGACACAACUUCUGCAAAAACUGCAUCAAUGAACACUGGAAUACUAGUGACAGGUACCUGUGUCCGAUGUGUAAAAAGGUUUUCAACACAAGACCAGAGCUACACGUCAACACUUUGUUCUCUGAGAUGGUUGUUCAGUUCAGACAGUCAGCUCAACAGAAAGCCAGCAGCAGCAGCUCAGAGCAACAAGUGUCCAAACCAGGAGAAGUUCCCUGUGACGUCUGCACUGGAACCAAACUGAAGGCCCUGAAGUCCUGCCUGGUGUGUCUGGCCUCCUACUGUGAGACUCACUUGGAGCCUCAUCUGACAGCUUCACGUCUGAAAAGACAUCAGCUGAUCGACCCUGUGGAGAACCUGGAAGACAGGAUGUGUACGAAGCACGAUAAACCUCUGGAGCUGUUCUGUAAGACCGACCAGACAUGUGUCUGCAUGCUCUGCCCCAUUUUUGACCACAAGACGCACGAGUUUGUUCCUCUGAAAGAAGAAUAUGAAGGAAAGAAGGCCGAGCUGGGGAAGACAGAGGCUGAAAUCCAGCAGAUGAUCCAGAAGAGACGACUGAAGAUUCAGGAGAUCAAACACUCAGUCGACCUCAGUGAGGAAGAUGCAGACAGAGAGAUAGCAGAAGGUGUUCAAGUCUUCACUGCUCUGAAGGAGUCUGUUGAGAGAGGCCAGGCCGAUCUCAUCAACACGAUCAAAGAGAAGCAGAAAACAACAGAAAAACAGGCCGAAGCUUUCAUCAAAGAGCUGGAACAGGAAAUCUCUGAGCUGAAGAAGAGAAGGACUGAAGUGGAGCAGCUCAAAGGCUCUGAAGACCAUCUCCAUCUUCUCCAGAGUGUCCAGUCCCUGAAAACUGCUCCACCCACCAAGGACUGGACAGAGGUCAGCGUCCGUCCACCAUAUAAGGGGACUGUGGUGAAAGCUGUGGCUCAGCUGGAGGAGACACUCAGUAAAGAGAUGAAGAAGCUGCUUGAAGAUGAGCUGAAGAGGGUCCAGCAGUAUGCAGUGGAUCUGACUCUUGAUCCUGAUACAGCUCAUCCUGAUCUCAUCCUGUCUGAUGAUGGGAAACAAGUGAAUGAUAGUGAUGUGAGGAAGAAUCUCCCUGACAACCCAGAGAGAUUUUCUAAGUGUGCUUGUGUUUUAGGAAAGCAGAGUUUCUCUUCAGGCAGAUUUUACUUUGAGGUUCAAGUUAAAGGAAAGACUCACUGGGAGUUAGGAGUGGCCAGAGAGUCGAUCAACAGGAAGGGAGACAUCACACUGGGCCCUCAGAAUGGUUACUGGACUAUAUGGUUGAGAAAUGGAAAUGAGUAUGAAGCUCUUGUUGUCCCUUCAGUCAGUCUCUCUCUGAAGUCUCGGCCUCAGAAGGUGGGGGUGUUUGUGGAUUAUGAGGAGGGUCUGGUCUCCUUUUAUGACGUAGGUGCUGCAGCUCUUAUCUACUCCUUUACUGGCUGCUGCUUCACUGAGAAACUCUUCCCAUACUUCUGUCCUGGUCUUAAUGAACGUGGUAAAAACUCUGGCCCUCUGAUCAUCUCUCCUGUCAGAGUAAACUAAUAACUUAUCUUAUUUCAUGUAUUGAUUUUUCUUUCAUUCAAGGGAACAUGUACACAUUAAUGGCAACACAUUAGAGUUUACAUCUUAUUUUCUACAUAGCCAACACAUUGAUUUGAUGCAUUCAUGUCUUCAACCCUGCAUCAUGACCCGUUAUUUGGAGAAUAUCUAUUUAAAACCCUGUUAAACCUUGUUAGCCGAGUGGUUACAGCAUAUACAAUACUGUAUAACCGUCAUGUACCGGGUUUGAUUCCGGCCUUGGGACCUCUCCGCCCCGCAUUUUAACAUGAUUAUAUCCUAUUUUAGCAUAUAAUUAUUAAAUAUAAAUGUUUAUCAAAUAAAUGUUUAUAAUAAAGUAAUUUUCAAUACAUUUUUAUGUAAAUAUUGGGGUAAUUUGGCAGUAAUUCCAAAGAAAUUUUAAAUAGGUUACUUGCUAAUUAUUACCUAAUUACCAUGACAUUUUCAGACCUGUAAAAUGAAAUGCUACCAAAACAAAGUUAAGGUAAGUAAGGCCUAUUACAUCCCUAUAGUGUCUACAGAAUACAGUAUGUCAUUUAAUUAUAGUGGGCAUAAAAAGUUAAUGGAUAAAGUUAAUUAAGAGAAUAGAUGCUAAUAGAAUUUUCUAUUUAGUGUGAAAUGUGGUAUAAUUAAUUACUGGUCACUUUUUAUUUGUUUUGUGAAUACUGGUAAGAUGGCUAUUGAGUCAAAGAAAUCUGUAAAUAUGUGAUUGUUAAAUAAAAACUGUAAUUAAACUAGUUGUUGAACACAAA